AUGGUGUUUGAUUUAUGGAGUUUAUUUAAACAUUACAGAAUAGAGAUUAUGAAUUAUUUUCAAAUGAAACCAGCUCAACGAGGUCGACAUAAAGUUUUUAUGAAUCAAGCUCACUUUUUUUCUUAUAAUGCAGAAUUAUUUGACACAGUUCACUGCUCUGUUACAACAGAGAAAGCUUUUAAUUCAAAACGAGAUACUUAA